AUGACUUCAUCAUCACGGGCAACGGGCAAGCGGCUUCCCAUAAGCUGUCAAGCUUGUCGGAACCGGAAGAUCCGAUGCUCGAGAGACGGCCGACCCUGCCAGACGUGUACACGUCGUGGCCUUGGUGCGGAAGACUGCAUCUAUCUGGGCCAGCCCCGUCUCUCUGCCGAGCAAACAGCUCCAGCAGACGCAACCGUGCAGAAGGAAUUGCUGGCGCGCAUUCGCAACCUGGAGGCGCUACUGCAGAGACAAGUCAACUCACAGUCAGGAACACCCACGGAAGGAGCGUCACCCUUAGAAGCUCCCAGUGCGACGGGCAGCUUCACUGAGUCGGAACUGGGAAUAUCACUAGAAGCGUGGAGUCGAUCUCUAUCGGGGAACAUUGGGACUCUUCAAACCUCGCAAUCUGGUCACGUUCGUUACGUCCCGCUUGCCUCCCAGUGGGAGUCGGUCGUGGCGAAGAGCUCCGCGGCAGACUGCUUGCGGGGGUCUGAUGCCGAGACUGCUGAUGAAGAUGAUCUCCAGAUCCCGUUUGCACAAAACGGAAACGUGUCUCGAGCUGAGAUUCUGGCAUUGCUUCCCCCUGGGCGACAUUGUGAUUCCCUCAAGGAAGUUUAUUUUGAAGUUUUUUCUCCGGUCUUUCACAUUCUACACGACCUGACAUUUGAUGCCGAGUAUCAGCAAUUCUGUCACGACCCCAGCAGCGUUUCCACAGCUUGGCUGGCUCUUCUCUUUGCCAUUCUCGCCAUUGCAGUCAGCGCCCUCAAGGACGACGAUCCACUACUUGCCGACCUGGGGCGUGAGCGCACAGUCAGUCGCAAUAUCAAGAUCAUCUCUGCACGAUACCGGUCCGCAGCACUGCGCUGCCUGGCUGCAGACGGAGUCAUGACGAGAGCUUCAAUCAGCUCCCUCCAAGCUCUGGUUCUAGUGGGCUAUGCUCGACUCCACCGCGGCCUCUCCUUUUGGACCCUCCUUGGUUUCACAAAACACGUCGCCAUGUCAAUGGGCUGUCACAUUGAUCCCGAACGGUUCAACCUGGGUCCCAUCGAGCGAGAAGAACGACGUCGAGUGUGGGCAGGUCUCAAGAUGCUGUACACGAUUCAAAACACUUCCUUUGGGAGUCUGGACCAGACAUUUCUUACACACGAUGUCAAAAUGCCGGCGGAUGUUGAUGAUGUGGAUCUUCUUACCAUGCCUAAUAUGUACACCAGUUCCGACAGGUCUUCCCCGGCCCUCACGCGUCCCACGCAAAUGACCUUUUUACUCAUCUCAAGUCGCCUAUACAAGAUCUCCAACCGUGUCUGCGAGUACAUCUUCACAUAUCCACAGUCUCGCUUCUCCACCUCACAGCUCGAAACUGAAAUCUUGGCCGUCCGUGAGCUGUGUGAGACCAGAUACAGCACCGAGUCGUCACUGGAAUCGCUCCCCGUGCAACACCGCGCAAACUCGAAAAUCCUCCAUGCCCACAUCCACCAGGUGCUCCUUCUGUUAUUUCGACCGACCCUGUGCCAAUUCUUGCAAGGUGAAAUUACGACCGAGACAUGCGAGGCCCGUGGGAAAUGCAUGGCGUCGGCAAAAGCUGCGCUGUCUAUCUUCCAGUCGCUCUUGCAGGACCCACAUUUCACUCCGUACAGAUGGUACACCAGUGGUCUGGGCAGCUUCCACGCAUUUCAUGCCUCUGUUGUCUUGGCUGUUGGUUUGACGAACCCGGAAAAUCAAGUGGAGUUUGAUGAGACCAAGGAAAUACUGCGAAAGGCUCUGGACAUGUUUGCCUCCUUGUCGGUGCGAAGCACCUUUUGCAGUAAAGCCAUGCCAAUCGUGCGGCAGAUCAUCGAGGUGACAUCGACACAAUAUCAACAAACCAAACGGCACGAAUCGACACUUCGAGCACAACUCCACGCUCAAGCUCAGCUUGCCUCCCAAAAUAUCGCGCAACAACCACACCUUCAGUCACUGUCUCCCUCCGUAACGCCAAACAUGACCCCCCUGUCCAUGGCCGAUAGCUUCAUGCUGACCCGCUCGCAUCCACAUCCCCAUCCACAUUCCCAAUCCCAUUCGCAAUCGAAUUCACCCGUACCAACAGUGGCCUCUUCAGAGAGCGAGCCUAGCAUGCCGCCUAAUUUUGGAAUGCAUCUUCAUCCACAGCACUGGCUCACUCCGACUUCGGUGCCAUGGGAUACUCUCAGUGCGUCUGUGGGCCAGUAUAAAUUUGAGUCGGACGUGGUAUAG